UCUCUGAUGAUUUCCUGUGUGACAAUCAUUGUUUCAGCUCUUAGAGUUGUCUUCAUCAAGAGUCAGUUAAUAUCCAUGAUGCAAUUACCUGGAAACAACACAGAGACUGAGACACUUAGGACAUUCCUGGAGAAAAAUUACGUACAUCAGCUUCUGGCAACGUCGUUCAUUCCUUUCCUACUGUUCCUGACCUCCACCAUCUUGCUCAUAGCCUCGUUGUGCCAACACUUGAGGCAGAUACGACAUCACGACACUGGCCACAGCAACUUCAGCAUGAAAGCUCAUGCCACUGCCCUGAGGUUUCUUGCCUUCUUCCUCAUCUUCUUCACCUCUUACUUUUUGACCAUAAUCAUCUCCACUACCUAUAACCUAACGCAUGAGAGUUACUGGUUCUGGGCCAGCGAAACUAUCAUCUAUGCUACAGUCUCUAUUCAUUUAACUUCACUAAUGCUGAGUAGCCCUAAGUUGAAAAAGGUUUUAAAGGUAAGCUGCUGUGGCCCAAAGCUGCCUGAGGCUCCAUGUACAACAAGACCCUAA